AUGAACAUUAAAAAUUUGGAUGAUAUAAAAUAUAAAAUUCACAAAAUUCAAGUUUUAAAUGACAAUGAUGAUAAAGCUAAGACGAUAUUAAAUAAGGCUGCUGAAAAAGUGCAGCCAAUUAUGAAAAAAAGGCGUUUUUUGGUUGAAUUGCUUUCUGAAUUUUUACCAACAAAUCCAAACUUGCUAGGUCUCAACAUUUUGGGGAAAUCUGAAAUUAAGAUAAGACUUCGAAAAAAAGCGGGGGGAGAAAUAUUUCACUUUAAUGAUAUAAUUGGAACAUUAUUACAUGAAUUAGCACAUUUAGUACAUAGACGCCACGAUAAAAAUUUUUAUGCGUUACUGGAUAAAUUAGUUUUUGAAUAUAAUGAAUUGUAUACAUAUAACAAUAUAAAUAAUACUUAUGGGAAUAAUAAAAAUAAGAAUUUAAUCAGCAAUAUCAAUGAAAAUAGUGAUAGUUAUAAAAACAGUGCUAACAAUAAAAAUAAUCUAAUAAUUUUAAUUGAUGACGAUUGUAAAAUUGAAAAUACUAAGAAAAGUUCUAUUUGUUAUUCUCAACCCAAACUUAUGGCUGCACAAGCAGCAGAAAGACGAUUAAUAAAUAAUUUUAUAAAUAAUGAUGGAGAAAUAAUAAACGUAUCUCUUGAAAGUUGUUUAACAGAAAAACAACGUGAAAACUUAAUAAAAAGGAAAAAAGAAUAUGAUGAUAAAACAUGUUUAAUACAAAAUGACGUUAUUAUAAUUGAUUCGAUGAGUACUAUUCCGAAAAAUAAAAAAAGGAAAAAAUUGACGAAGUUGGAAAACAGCAAAUACAAGAGAAAUGAUGGAGAUAAUAACAUUUGUAAUAAUAAUGAUUGUUUAUAA